UGGUCUUUCCAAUAUGGCGGUGAUUGGUAAACUGUUGUUACUGCAGUUGCGCGCGGCUCACGUCCAAAACAUAACAGAAUUGUCAGUCGGUCGGGUCCGGCUCGGAAAGUUUCCGAUCGACAAAUUUUAUGUAUAGGCUAUCUUUUAAUUUUUCAGCAAAAUGAGUGAGUCUCGAAUGGAAUUCCGUUUGAAGAACACCCCGAGUGAUUGUAUUCAGAGUGUGAAGUUUGGCCCCACUUCCCCCCAGUUCCUUUUGGUAGCGUCAUGGGAUAAAAGUGUACGCCUCUUCGAUGUUGUCAAUAAUAAUAUGCGACUUCAGUACCAGCAUUCUGGCGCAGUGCUGGAUUGCUGCUUUCAGGAUGCUGUUCAUGCAUAUAGCGGAGGUCUUGAUGCACAGCUGAAGAUGUUUGAUCUUAAUACCAAUACAGAAACAGUUGUAGGCAACCAUGACGCUCCUAUUAGAUGUGUGGCUUAUUGUCCAGAAGUGAAUGUGGUAAUUACUGGAUCUUGGGUCAAUAUCAAACUUUGGGAUCCUAGGGGUCCACGAGAAGCGGGGACUUAUCAGCAGCCAAAUAAAGUGUAUACAAUGGGUUUAAGUGGAGAGAAACUUGUUGUUGGAACGUCCAAUAGAAAGGUAACAGUGUGGGAUCUCCGCAACAUGGGGUUUGCUCAGCAACGUCGAGAAUCUUCCCUUAAAUACCAGACUAGGUGUAUUCAGUGCUUCCCAAAUAAACAGGGUUACGUUGUAUCCAGUAUUGAAGGUCGUGUGGCUGUUGAGUAUUUAGAUCCCAGUCCUGAAAUUCAGAAGAAGAAGUAUGCCUUCAAGUGUCAUAGGCUUAAAGAGGAUGGCAUUGAAAAGAUUUUUCCUGUGAAUUCUAUCAGCUUCCAUAAUGGAUAUAACACGUUCGCUACUGGUGGGUCUGAUGGUUACGUCAAUAUUUGGGAUGGAUUCAACAAGAAGCGAUUGUGCCAGUUCCAUCGUUAUCCAACCUCCAUUUCUUCGCUUUGCUUCAGCAAUGAUGGAAAUACUCUUGCAAUUGCUUGUUCCUACAUGUACGAGCAGGAGCAGAUAGAUCCCAUGCCCGAAGAUUGCAUCUUUAUUCGACGAGUCACAGACCAAGAAACAAAGCCAAAAUAGUCCAGAUUUGAGUAGUCAUACCUUUUGACCUUAGUCAUCAUUAGAGUAUUUGCAUUUGCCACUUGAGGGCAGUUCAUUACACGGGUCCAAUGUGUUUACAAAAGGCCCGAUGUGGUAUACCACUCAUUCUUCUUAGUCCUUUUACUUUCUUUGUGUGACAAGUAGAUUGUCAUUGUUUGCAUCUUUCUACUGCGCUUUACCAUCUUGAAUAUCAUCAGAAUGAUUUAAUUCUUGCUCAAUCUUGUCUCUCUGAAUUCUCUGAGGGUGUCAGUAGUAGAAACAUGAAGAGAUUUGGUAUCCAAGGAACAGAUCUUACAGCAGGUUUUGUAGAAUUUUAAGGUGCUUUUUCCUUCGCAGAGUUACCUUCCAUCCUAUUUAUUGUAACCAUUUUAAAGAUCCACUUGCAUAUCAUGCUGCUUUAAGAGCUAUUGCCAAAUAGUAGUAUAGGUUGUCCCUGCUAACUAAAGAUUCCUUUAGUUUUUGAAGCAAGUCUUAUGUUGUGGUGAUGAUGUGUGUGGGUCUUUAAAUGUACCUGAUCCAGAGGAAUAGAUGAUUUUUCCUACACAAUAUAUAGACCCUCGGUCCUUUACAACAGGAAUUACUUGUGGCGAAGCUGGAGCACGGUCGUUAAAAUU